AUGGCAUGGCAGUGUUGUAUCUUGAAAGUGAAUGUCAAUUGUGAGGCGUGUAAGAUGAAGGUGGUCCAAGUGCUGAGUUCUGUUAUUGGUGUGUAUUCAGUAGACGUGGAUGCACAGGAAGGGCUGGCAAAAGUGUACGGGGAGGUGGAUCCAAACAUGCUUCUCAAGGCCUUAGCCAGAACUGGGAAGCAUGCGGAGCUGGCAUGGGUGAAGGUGAAGCAUCCGGAGCUGAACCCGCGCAAUGAUGACUAUCAUAAUUACAGCAACUAUGGCUACGGAAAUUACGAGGAACCCCACAGCUAUAGCAGGUACAGAAGGCCGGGAUGGCAACAGUUCUACCCACCAAGGAGGUCGACAAUGGCAGAUCACCAGAAUCCUUAUAAUUAUUACAAUCACUACCGUCAAGGUUAUGGAUCGUCGUACCGCCCACAUUCGUACCCCUAUGGGGAUUAUACCGCCAAUAACUGCACCAUCAUGUGA